GCAUGGAUCAGCGUAGGCUGGUCUGGAUCCAUGCUAGUCCCAAACGCACUAUGUUGGUUUUCUAAUGGCGCGGCUCAUAUAUAGUUUACCUACAAAAAUGUAAAGAGCAUUUGUAGCACUACACCUCUGGUGCGACCAUGCCAGAUGAAUUGGACCAUCCUUUCAUUUUAUAAUUGAUACAUGGUUAGUCCAAAUAAUUGUACUCAAGAAUGGAAUAUCGUUAUAUUUUUUGACUGGUCGGUCUAACCAAGGUCUCGUUAUUUAGACUAAUACAGGGUAUGCUAUUGGAUGAAAUAGCUGUUAGAUGUGCCAUACACCUUGUUAAAACAUUAAAGAAUUCUACUUGUGAGAACCACAUUUUAUAAUAAAGAUAAAAAAUGAUUUUAUCCUACACGGAAACAUGGAAAUAUUCUUUUAUACAUUUAUCAUUCAUGCUUUUUUUCAGCUGUACGUAAACGUGAUGGCUCGGAGUAUGAGCCCGACACAAUAAGUGCGAUUCAGAAUAGCCUUGACAGACAUUUGAAAGAGAACAAGGUCAAGUUCAGCAUCAAAGGAGACGAGGGUUUUAGUCAUUCUAAUCGUGUCCUAGAGUCGAAGAGAAUGAGUCUUAAAUCACAGGGGAAGGGAAACAAAAAUCUCCGUGCUGAUCCAUUAACCGCCGAGGAGAUAGAAAUGCUACAUAAGCAGAACAUUCUUGGAAGUGCUACACCAGAGAGUCUCCUUCAUACAGUAUGGAUAAACAAUGGUGUCUUUUUCGGUCUGCGUGGGCGUCAGGACCAUACCAAUCUGCUCUGGGGAGACAUUGAACUAAAAGUAACCAGUAGUGGCAGAGAGUACCUAGAAUUCAAUGAGCGUUCAACCAAGACAAGAAGUGGUCAAAGAGGCGCAUAUAGAAAAGUCACCCCAAAAGCGUUCGCGACAGAAGACGAAAAUUGUCCAGUCAAAAUGUACAAGACAUAUACCAGUCAUAGACCAUCAGAUUUAUUAAAUCCAGACUCCAGAUUUUAUCUUCAACCUUUAAAAUCCCCAUCAGGGCAAAUUUGGUACUCCCAUCAAGCUGUCGGUAAAACAAAACUAGGACAAAUAAUGAAUGUACUGGCAGAAAGAGGCAACAUAGAAGGAAGGAAGGUAAAUCACUCUACUAGAAAAACAUUUGCAGCAACACUUAUUCAGGCCGGCCGGCCACCAACUGAAGUUGCUCAAUUGGCCGGUUGGAAAAAUGUUCAAACCGUUAAUGAAUAUUCUGUUCCAUCCAUGAAUCAGCAAGAGGAAACGUCAGAUAUUAUUUCAAAUGUAAUGCUUCCACAACCUAGUAAAGAAGUAACCACAACAAAUGAAGUGUUAAAUCUCUCUUCUGACCAGGUACAAAUGAAUUCUAUAAACAAUGAAAUGAAUUACUGCAAUAAGAGAAGUUCAAAUCCAUAUGCGUUUAUGUGUGGUGCAACCAUAUCUGGCGGAACAUUUAAUAUUAAUAUUUUCUCCGUAAAAGGAAACAGUGUUGUUCUUCUGAAAAUUCUCAGGAGCAAUGAUCUUACACUCUGGAAAAAAUUGAACAUAUAUAAAUAUUGUAAUUCUAAAUAAAGGCAUUAUGAUUAUAGAAAAGAGUAAAUAGUUGGAAAAAAGUUUAAACUGCAGAUAUUGACUAUAGACAAAGCAAAGAGUUUCAAUAGUUUCACUUUUUCAGACAGAACAUUAAACAUUGUUUCAGUUGAUACAUUAAAUAUUGUUUCAGUUGAUAAUUAAAUAUUGUUCCAGUUGAUAUAUUAAAUAUUGUUCCAGUUGAUGUAUUAAAUAUUGUUUCAGUUGAUGUAAUGAAGACUUUUUAGUCUCCUACUGAUAUCUUGUUACACUUAGUUAAAAACAAAUAAAAUUAUUAUUGUUACAGGUAUAAUGAUAUUCUUCUUUUUUAGCCAAUAUUGUAAAGUUGAAUAAUAAAAUUAUCAUUAAUCAAUUGAUUUCAUA